GGACAAUAUAUGUGGAAAAAAUAAUGUCGCAACAAACUAUAAAAGAUUACACUUACUUCUUUAGUGACGUAAACAGGGCCUGGUAUCUCUGGGGAAUAGUUUAUUGUCUAAAUUGAAUCAGAGGUGGUCAAUGUUUAACUAAAAGAGUGUGAGGGCUAUUGGAAAAUGCAAUGCUAGCUGACUGAAAGGUUAAAGAUCUUAGACUUGCUGACUUUGAGCUCCACGUUUCCUUGCUGAUUUCUCAGUCUUGGACGGCAAAAUCAUGGGUUCAGACGCCAUGUCCCCAAAGAUCACUGUAGAGCUGCUUAGGCAACUUCGCCAGGUUAUGAAGAACAGCAAGUACCUGAAGGAACCCAUCCAGGCGUACAUAGUACCGUCUGGGGACGCUCACCAGAGUGAAUACAUUGCCCCCUGUGACUGCAGACGUGAAUUCAUCAGUGGCUUCAAUGGCUCGGCAGGCACCGCCAUCGUCACAGAGCAGCAUGCCGCCUUGUGGACGGAUGGACGGUACUUUCUGCAGGCCAGCCAGCAGAUGGACAAUAACUGGACUCUCAUGAAGAUGGGCCUGAAGGAGACUCCAUCCCAAGAAGACUGGCUUAUCAGCGUCUUGCCAGACAACUCCAGAGUCGGGGUGGACCCCUGGAUCAUCGCCGCUGACCAGUGGAAGAACAUGUCCCAGGCACUGGCCAGUGCAGGACACGCCCUGGUCGCGGUGGAGGACAACCUCAUCGACGCCGUGUGGGAGGACCGACCCCCGCGCCCCAGCACACCGCUGAUCGCGCUGGGCCUGAAAUUCACCGGUUUGACGUGGCAGGACAAAGUGACCGCACUGAGGGCAAAGAUGGCGGAGAGGAAGAUCUCCUGGUUCAUCGUCACGGCGCUGGAUGAAACUGCUUGGCUUUUUAACCUGCGAGGAUCAGACAUUGAGUACAACCCAGUCUUUUUCGCCUACUCCAUCAUCGGGCUGAACACCAUCAGGCUCUUUGUGGACCAGAAGCGCCUGGCCGACCCGGUCAUCCGGGAGCACCUGCAGCUGGACUCUCCGGGCCGGCCCGAGCUGAGUGUUCAGACGGCGCCCUACGAGCUGGUCCACACUGAGCUGCUGGCCACCUGCGCCGCCCUGGGCCCCAAAGAGAAAGUGUGGAUCUGCGACAAGGCCAGCUGUGCCCUCACCCAGACCAUCCCCAAGAUCCACAGGUCCCCCAUCCCCUACACACCCCUCUGCCUCUCCAAAGCUGUCAAGAACGCCACGGAGAUUCAAGGGAUGAAGAAUGCUCACAUCAAGGAUGCAGUGGCCCUGUGUGAGCUGUUCGCCUGGAUGGAGAAGGAGAUACCUAAAGGCACCGUGACGGAGAUCUCAGCGGCCGACAAGGCAGAAGAGUUCCGCAGCCAGCAGAAAGACUUUGUGGGCCUGAGUUUCCCCACCAUAUCCAGCGUCGGACCAAAUGCCGCCAUCAUACAUUACAGACCUCUGCCUGAGACCAACAGAACUUUGUCCUUAAAUGAAAUCUACCUGAUCGACUCAGGAGCCCAAUACAUGGAUGGGACGACUGACGUAACCCGCACAAUGCACUUUGGGACACCCACAGAUUAUGAGAAGGAGUGCUACACCUAUGUCCUGAAGGGCCAGAUUGCUGUCUGCGCCGCCAUUUUCCCCAACGGUACCAAAGGCCACCUGCUGGACUCGUUUGCCCGGGCGGCGCUGUGGGAUGCGGGCCUGGACUACCUGCAUGGCACGGGCCACGGCGUUGGCUGCUUCCUCAACGUGCAUGAGGGGCCCUGUGGCAUCAGCUACAAGACCUUCGCCGACGAGCCACUCGAGGCCGGCAUGAUCGUCAGUGACGAGCCUGGCUACUAUGAAGAUGGCUCAUUUGGUAUUCGCCUGGAGAAUUUAGUCUUGGUCGUGCCUGCCAAGCCCAAAUACAACUUCAGAAACAGAGGCAGCCUGACGUUUGAGACGAUCACACUGGUGCCCAUUCAGACAAAGGUGAUGGACACAGGCCUGCUCACGCAGAAAGAGCGUGAUUGGGUGAACGAGUACCACAGAGAGUGCCGCGAGAUCACUGGAACUGAGCUGGAGAGGCAGGGCCGCAAGGAGGCUCUCGAUUGGCUGAUGAGGGAGACUCAGCCAAUCUAAAAAAAACCAGGAAAACAGAACACAGUUGUCGUUGAGUGACUUUUAUUUCCGCCAAUCUACAGUGACUCGUAUGUUUUCUUCUGUCUUUUGCUAUUCCAUAAACCUGAUGCUUAUUCUCUCUACAGCCAUUUCAUACUGCCUGUCACUCUCAACUCUCAAAUCAAUAAAAAAAAAUUAAAAAUAAUAAUCUAAACUGAA